UCACAAGUACACACACACAGACACACACAACUCCUCAUAGAAGUUUCCCUCCCACCCUCAAAUGCUGAAGGGUCAGAAUGUGAAGGCAGUUUGAAAUUCAGUCUCUGGUCAUUGUGCUGCUCAUGAUCAUGGGUUUUACAUUCUACCUCCUGACUCUGCUUUCGCUCCUCUCUCCGUCGACAGGUCAGUGGUGCUACCAGAGCCAGUACUCCUGUGAUGACACAUGCAGAGACCCCAUCCACUGGGCAGCUCAGUUUCCCAGCUGUGGAGGGUUACGUCAGUCACCAAUCAACAUCGUGACCAGUAAGGUGCACUUCAACAGCGCCUUGCCACCAUUCAACUUCAUUGGCCACACCGACGUAAUCAACAUUACGGUGGAAAACAAAGGGCACUCAGCUCACUUUCACCUGCCACAGUCGGUGCGGCUGACAGGAGGCGCUCUCCCCGGUCACUACAGAGCGGCCCAGUUUCACUUCCACUGGGGGGGGAAUGGCAGACCUGGAUCAGAGCACACCAUCGACGGAGAGCGAUUCCCCAUGGAGCUGCAUAUAGUCCACAUCAAGGAGCCGUACGGUUCUCUGGCAGAGGCCGAACACGACAUGGCGGGUAUCGCUCUGCUCGCCUUCCUGUUUGAGGAAACAGCAGACGACCAUCCUAGUUUGAACACGGUGAUAACUGCUCUGGGCCGAGUGCAACACAACGGCAGCAGCACAGUGAUCCCAAACUUUCGCCUCAGUGACAUUAUCCCGUCUGAGAAGGACCUGCACAGUUACUACCGCUAUGUGGGCUCCAUGACUACUCCAGGGUGCGAGCAGGCAGUGGCCUGGUCGGUGUUUCACAGGACCCUGUCCAUCAGCAGCCGUCAGCUGGAUGCAGUAGUUCAGCAGUGUCAGUUCUGGACCGGACAGCCCAUGACGGACAUCUUCAGACCCACGCAGCCUCUGGACGGCAGAGUCGUGUACCGCUCCAUGGCCGCCGCCGCCGCCGCCGCUCCGACAGGCGCGUGGUUCUGUGUCCUCUCAGCUGUGCUCAUGACAGCGGGUCAGAUAGUCUGACUCAGCACAUUAAACACCUGGUGAUCUCAGAAGUUAGUGUGUGUGUAAAGGGAACUUUUUACCUGUGUGUUAGUGUAGCAGCAAACUGUCAGUGCGCAUGUUUAUUCAUCAAACUAAAUGAAUGCUACUGAAUAUCUACACACUACUAAGUUGUAAAUAAAGAUGGACGACAUGUUCUCACUUCCUCAAAUCCAGAAAUGAAGCCAAAACAUUCUCGUUAGGAACCCCCCCCCCCCGCCGCCCACCCAUCUCGUGCUGAUUUCAUUUGAAGCCAGAUCGAUCAGUAAUCAGGGGUAGGUCCAGCGAAUUCCAGCGCUCGACCAAUCAUGAUGUUUCCCCCUGUUUUUGCAGAAUCAAAUUACUAAUUAAAAACCAUCCUUAUCAGAAACAUCAACACUUGAACAUAUAUGUGAUAAAUACACAAUUAGCUUUACAGUCUGUACAAGGUGCCACAAUCUCCACCUUUAUCUCUAACCCUUGAAUUACUAAGUUCCGUUUACCAUCUUCUAACAUUGAGGCGCCCCAUCAAGACGCGUUGGCCUCACUUUCGUGAAGCUGUCAUGUCGUCCAUCUUUAUUUACAGUCCAUGUUGGAGGGAGUGUCAGAAAUGAUUGGGCAGAGUUAAUGUUUUGUUUGCUGUUAUUUUCCCUGCAAACAUUUGCUGUCUAGUAAGAUAAGAUUAUCUAGUAGGAAUAAAUUUGGUUUGAUUUAGCAGCGGUAAAUUCACUAACACUUAAUGUGCAGUUACAUAAUAGAUGUUUUUAAAGAAUGUUAAUUUUGUCUGUCAUGCAUCCGAGACCAUGAACCUACUGCCCGGACUCCAGGACUUUCCCUCGGGGCACGCACCACCCCGAGGUUCACUUGGUGAUUUUGAGCGAAAUAUCUUAAUGUCAAUAAUUAAAUCAGAUAAUAUAACACAGCUUCUCGCUUUGCAGCACACGGUCUUGUAGCUACUUGAUAUGUGGAUCUCCUCUCGAGCCAGUCAGAGUAUAUUGUUUUAAAUUGGUUUAUUUGUCAGAAAACUGAAUAAGUUCUAGAUGUGAAUAAAUAUCUGUGAUUCUUUGCGGACAAACUAUUUAUUCUCUGCUCCUGCGUAUUAUUUAAUUUCUUUGAGUGCGGUAGAGAAAUGUGGCACCAGAUUUACUAUAAAAACUGUAAAUGGCCAGAGCAACCUGUUAUAUAUAUACACAGUGACUGGGCGUUUCAGGGAUAAAACCAAUAACGGAUUGAAUAUCAGCAGAAUCUCAAAGUGAUCACUCCUUGAAGUUGUACCUUAUUCAGACCCAUAAUGUUAAACUAUUACAUUUAAUGAAUCAUUUUAUACCAAUUUCUCUGCUAUAAAAAAAAACACAGAUCCUUUCUGAACCAUUAAA